ACUGGUAGUCCAAUUAUUAUUAAUGGCGGGUAUUGUACAAAACACAUAGAAAUUUACGCUAUUGUUUGUUAUAUAGUUGUGUUAUUGUUCAUGAGUGAUUUCCAAGCAAUAUUCGAUUGAAUUCUGAUUUAUUUUUGAGUUUAAAGACAACGAAGGAGCCGAAUUGCAGCUCCAGAAGAGCUAAAAAACUGGUAUCUUUAUCAUGAUCAUGUCGCGUGCGGUAGUGUGUUAACGAAUGUGUCAGAGUGAAACUAGGCAGGAAGACGGCGUGCGUUUGACUUGAGCAUUAGCUUAACUGCUGGCUAUGCUAACUUGCAGAAACGUCAGUUUUACUGCUCCGGUUUCAGCCCUGCUGUAUAAAACAGUGAACUUAAUGAGACAAAAGAAGUUAAGCUAGUAAAUAAGCUAGGUGUCCCAUUCAUUCGACCUUUGUCAUGGCUCUUUAUAAAUAUCGAGAGUCGAAAAGGAGUCUGGCGAAAUUGUUAGUUUUAUUUUUUAUGUCUCUCCAUUGUGCCUACGGUUCGUCAAAACUAAAUAUUCCCAAAGUGUUGCUCCCACUUGCGAGAAGUACAAGAAUUAACUUCACACUGGAGACGACUGAAGGCUGCUACAGAUGGUCAUCCACCAGACCUGAGGUAGCAAGCAUCCAACCUGUGGAAGAAGAUGCAGGUAGAGGCUGCUCUCGGAAGGCUGUUCUGCAGGCUCUGUCCACCCAGCCCUCCAGAUUGACCAGCAUCAUUUUAGCUGAAGAUGUUGUUACUGGACAGGUACUACGCUGUGACGCCAUCGUUGACAUAAUCAGUGAGAUCCAGAUAGUCUCCACGACCAGAGAACUGCAUCUUGAAGACUCUCCACUGGCGCUCAAAAUUCAUGCACUGGAUUCUGAAGGGAACACCUUCUCUACCCUUGCAGGUCUGGUGUUUGACUGGACUUUAGUGAAAGAUGUAGAUGUGAAUGGAUUUACAGAUUCCUACAAUUCAUUACGGGUGCUAAAAUUCUCAGAGUCCACAUACACUCCUCCUUUAUACAUAUCUGAAAUGGAGCGUGUGGGGAAGCAAGGAGACAUCAUUCUAGUGUCGGGACUGAAAACAGGACACGCUAAACUAAAGGCAAAAAUACAAGAGUCUCUGUAUAAGGAUGUGGGUGCUGCUGAAGUGAGACUGCUGAUUUUAGAGAACAUCCUGCUGAGCCCUGCACAUGAUGUCUACUUGCUGGCAGGAACCUCCAUCAAAUACAGAGUCCUAAAGAUAAGACAAGGCAAAAUCACAGAGCUUUCUAUGCCUUGUGAUCAGUAUGAGCUGCACCUUCAGAACAGUGUGGUUGGUCCCAAUGGAAAUCCAGAUAUCAGUGUGGCCUCUCUUGAUCAAAGUACAUCCAAAGUUACAGGAGUUCAGCUGGGACACAUCAAUGUAGUGCUGGAUCACAAGAGUCUUCGGAUGCAAGGAGUGUCCCGCCUACCCAACAGCACGCUCUAUGUUGUUGAGCCAGGCUACCUCGGUUUUAAGAUUUAUCCAGGGGAAAGCUGGGUUCUUGAAACGGGCAGAGAAUAUGACAUUUUUAUUGAAGUGUUUGAUAAAUCUGGGAACAAAAUUUUCCUCUCUGAUAAUAUCCGAAUAACCACGGUUUUCCCUGAGGAGUAUUUUGAAGUUCUGGAUUCUUCAGUAAAUGGAUCAUAUCAUCAUGUCAGAGCCCUAAGAGAUGGCCUUACUCUGAUUGGUGCCAACCUAAAAGCUGUUGUUGAUGAAUAUGGAAGGGUCCAUGCGCUCAGCAACCCAGUUCACAAUGAACAGGAUGUGGAAAUUUAUAACCCCAUAGUCCUUACUCCCAGUAUUCUCACGUUUCCGUGGCAACCGAAAGUUGGAGCAUAUCAGUACACAAUAAAGGCGACAGGUGGGAGUGGGAAUUUCAGCUGGACUUCAUCAAAUCCGGCUGUAGCUACAGUGACUGUGAAAGGACUGAUGACCACAGUCAGUGACAUUGGUGUCACACUCAUUUAUGCCCAUGACCUGCGUAACCCGCUGCACUAUGGACAAAUGAAGGUAUAUGUUGUUGAGCCUGUUGCCAUGGAUUUUGCUCCAUGUCCAGUAGAAGCCCGGUUGGGCCAGGUUCUGGAUCUACCCCUCAGGAUCUUUGGGCUGCUGGAGGAGUUGGAGAUGCAGCGGGUUAUGUUGAGUGACUGCUCCCACUUUGACCUGCUGGUAGAGGAGGAGAACCAUGGAGUAUUUGAACUGUUAGAUGAGAGGCUGGCUCCUGGCCAGAAGCACUGCAGCGGAGUGCGAGCCAAGGCCCUGACUCCUGGCUACACAGUGCUUACUGUCAGCUACACUCAUGGCAAUGUGCAUCUCAGUGCCAAGAUCACUGUUGCUGCCUACCUUCCUCUCAGAGCAGUUGAUCCAGUGUCUGUGGCUGUAGUCACACUGGGCUCCUCCAAAGACAUGCUGUUUGAGGGAGGACCACGUCCUUGGGUUUUAGAACCCUCAAAGUUUUUCUGCUCUUCAAGAGCUGAGGAUGAGACCAGCGUGAGCCUUAGUCUUAUUAGUCCUUCAUCUCACAACUAUAAUCACCACUGGCUUAGAGCAACCUGUAGGGUGCUGGGAGAGCAGGUUCUUGAGGUUACAGUGGGAAACAAGCCCACUGUUACUAAUCCAUUUCCAGCCUUGGAGCCAGCAGUGGUUAAGUUUGUUUGUGCACCUCCAUCACGGCUCACUCUGGUCCCAGUUUAUACCAGUCCACAGCUGGACCUGACCUGCCCUCUGCUGCAGCAGAAUAAACAAGUGGUACCGGUUUCCAAUUAUCGUAACCCUGUGUUAGACUUGGCAGCUUUUGAUCAACAAGGAAGGAAAUUUGACAACUUAAGCUCUUUAAGCAUCUUUUGGGAAUCCUCAAAGGGGUCUCUGGCUAGUAUUGAGCCCACUAUGCCUAUGGAACUUCAACUCUUUGAGGAUAGCAAAAAACAGAUGAAACUUCAUGGACGUCAGACAGUUCUCGUCCAUCAACAAACGGGAAUCGUUUCCAUUACUGUGACAGCUCUUGGAUACCAGGUUCCACAUCUAGCAGCGGCCAAGGUUCCCAGUCCAUAUGAACCUUUGACGCCUGUAUCUGCAACACUGGAACUUCUGUUGGUUGAAGAUGUGAAGGUUUUCCCUGAUAUGGUGACGAUAUAUAACCACCCAGAUGUUCAGUUGGAUCUGAUCAUGAGAGAAGGUUCAGGGUACUUUUUCGUGAACACCAGUGUAAAGGGGCUAGUGGAUGUGGUUCUCCAAGAGGCCCAAGGCGGGGCUCAGGUCUCCCCUGUUCGUCCAGGCACAGUCACUGUAAUGGUACAUGAUCUCUGUCUGGCUUUUCCAGCACCUGCCAAAGCCACAGUUCAUGUUUCUGACAUCCUGGAGGUUAAUGUGAGAGUGGUUGACAAGGUGGAGAUUGGCAAAUCUGUUAGAGCUUAUGUCAGAGUGUUUGAUGACAACAGGAAGCCCUUCUCAGCCAGCUAUUUCAAAUCCAUGAAUCUCAAACUCAAGGCAGCUUCAGUAAUAGUUUCUCUGAGUCCUUUAGCAGAGCUGACAGAAAGCGAUACGGCAGUGUUCCUGGUGAAAGGACUUUCCAUCGGUCAGACCUCUCUGUCAGCUGUUGUUGUGGAUAAAAAUGGUAGAAGAAUUGCCUCUGCACCACAGCAAAUUGAGGUGUUUCCACCUUUCAAAUUGAUUCCCAAGAAGAUGACUCUGUUAAUCGGCGCAAUGAUGCAGAUCACAUCUGAGGGUGGCCCUCAGCCUCAAUCCAACAUCCUGUUUUCCAUUUCUGAUGAGGAAAUCGCCUCUGUUAAUGCUGUGGGGCAUGUAAGGGGGGUCUCUGUUGGAAAUGUUACAGUAACGGGAUUAGUCCAAGCUGUUGAUGCUGAGACUGGAAAGCUUGUGGUCAUCUCACAGGAUCAAGUAGAAGUUGAGGUUGUUGUUUUGACAGCCAUUCGAAUCAGGGCACCAGUUACAAGAAUAAAGACAGGAGCACAGAUGCCAGUAUAUGUGAUGGGGUUGACCAAUAGUCAGACACCUUUCUCAUUUGGAAGUGUUUUACCUAGUCUCACCUUUCAUUGGUCAACCACUAAGAGAGACAUUCUAGAUGUCCACUCCAGACACACUGAGGCCAAUGUUGAACUUCAGCCAGAGCAUAAUUUCGGCAUGACUGUGACAGGAAGAACUAGAGGCCGGACUGGGCUGAAGGUGGUUCUCAGAGUUUCUGACCCAGAUGCACAGCAGCUGGAGGGAAAUGUACAGGAGCUGAGUGAUGAGAUCCAGAUCCAGGUCUAUGACAAGCUGCACAUGCUUAAUCCUCAAGUAGAGGCUGAGAAGAUACUAAUGGCUCCAAACUCGGCUCUCAAACUCCAAACUAACAGAGAUGGGGUCGGUGUGCUCUCCUACCGGAUGCUAGAUUGCCCUGACCAGCUUGUUGUCGCUCAAGUUGACAAUAAGGGCUUUCUCUCAUCUGGCUCUCUCACUGGGAUAUCUUCAUUACUGGUCACCUCGCAGGAGAUUUUUGGCGUCAAUCAAACUCUCAUCCUUACUGUGAAGGUGGUUCCUGUGUCUUAUGUUCGCUUCAGUACCAGUCCAGUGCUUUACACGCUCACUAGAGAGGGCCUGAACGCCUUUCCUCUGGGAAUACUCCUCACUUUCACUGUGCACUUUCAUGCUAGCACCGGAGAAGCCCUGCACAGCUCAAACUCCCAACUUGCAUUUUCUUCAAACAGGGAUGAUCUGGUACAGCUAGGAGUCGGCCCCACUAACCACUCGCUGUCCGUGAGAACCGUCAAUGUAGGUCUCACACUUGUUGCAGUGUGGGAUAGUGAAAACAUGGGUGUGGCAGACUAUGUUCCACUUCCUGUUGAACAUGCCAUUUAUAUGGAUGGAGCCAACAAACUGGUUGUGGGUGAUGUGGUCUGCUUCCAAGCCAAGUUAACAAACCCAGAUGGUGCUUAUGGUACAUGGAGCUCCUCAGCAAGUGGGGUCCUCCAGGUGGACCCUAAAAGUGGUGCAGCUGUAGCCAGAGACUCUGGGACAGUUACUGUAUUCUAUGAAAUACCUGGUGUGUUGAAAACAUACAGAGAGGUAAUUGUGGAAGCACCUUCUAAAACGGCAACUAUGGCUCAGCCUUCACCUGUCAGGUCUGGAAAGGUGACAAAAGUUCUACUUACAACCAGAGAGAGAGGAACCAACCUCAUUGGGACUUGCUCAUCUACCCAGAUAGAAGCUAUUUCAAAGCUUCAGCCGGAGAAAUCUUUAAGCUGCCAUCUUAGCUUUACCAGUGACACUGUUGACUUCUCUGCCAAUGAUGUCUUCAAAACCCACACAAGCUUUGACUCCAGCAUUGGUCUCUACACAUGUUCUAUGACCUUGCUGCCCAUGACUGACCAACAGACACGUGUGCUUAGCAUGUCUAUGAGCAACCUGCUGGUGAAGGCAGACCUGGUUGGCAGCGUCUUCACUGGAGAACAAGUCAGCGCUCGGCUGCCUAUAGAGCCAGGCCUUUUCUCCGACCAGACAGAACUGCUGCUCUCCAGCCUGCACCCAUCUGCUGAGUUCACGGUUUAUGGGCCUUUUAGCAUUCUGUCCAGCUUGGAGGUGGUCCCUUCUUCUCCCAGUGUUAUGGUCUACGAGAAAGAGGUCCAUGAAGAGUUUCCAAGUUAUACCAAGUACACUGUUAAUGCUGUGGACCUUCAUUCAGCUGUUUCAGCCUCUAUCACAAUAAGCAGCCCUUCCUCCGGCCAGAGUUUAGUAAUCCCGGUCAGUUUCAUUCAUGUCGGUGACUCCAGCUCAGCCAGACAAGCUGUGGCUCCUCCAGGCACCUCCAUGGAGAACAGCAACUCCUUCCACAGCUUCAUAAACUCCUACCAGAUGAUGUUCUGCACCUUGUUUGCUUUGCUGGCUGGCACUGCCAUCAUCAUCAUUGUCCUGCACUCAUUGUUGUCACCAAAGGAGCAAUCAUAUCACCCGGCUUUCAUCCAGAGGACACCACCAUCCACCACUGGUCAAGACUCGCCCUUCGCAAAUUCUUUCAACCGCAGGACAAGAGUUAGUCCAAACAGCUCUUACUCGCAGCUCUAUUCUCCAGACUACAAGUCCUGAUUGGGCCUUCUGCUCGCUCCCUCUGAUCAUUAACAUGGCAGCAUCUCAGGCCAUUAAUAUAUGAAGAAUGUGCCUCUGAUCCUCAGCUUUGGGAUGUUGCAGAAUAUCUUUUUUUUUUUUUUUUUUUUAAAGAUGUUAGUAAAGAAACUUAAAAAAAUAAUAAGUUCAGAUAUAUCAGAAGAAGUUGAUGCAAGGAUCCUUCCCCCUUUUUUUGUAUGUUUUAUGUUUAAGUGUGAUGUGCUAUUUGUAUAUGAAGAUUGUGAGUGAUGUGGAAAUAUACAUAGUGUCCUGAUUUGUUCUGUUCUGCCACUCAAUGACAAAUAUUUGCAAAGUGCUUGAAAACCAAAUCAUUAUUUUAUUCUCAAUGUUGUAUGAAAGCCAGAGGUUUGACUAUUUGACAUCAGCCUGUGUGCCGCUUGUAUUCAACUAUGAAAGUCAGUAACUCAGGAAAAGAACAUUUUCAAGAAGCAAGCUAACUUGUUUUAUUUUUUUAUAGACCUUUGCUUGUUGUAGCUUUGAUAACGAUCCACUGAAUCCGUCCACAAAGGCGCUGAACCCUCCAAAUGUGUUAAACUCCGACAAAGUUGGUCUAAUUUUUGUCUCGGGCAUUUCUUAUUUCAUUAUUUUGUCGUUUUGAUGUUUGAGCCACAAUGAAUGCAGCUCUUGUUUGGUUUGUUAAUGUGAAAUUUAUCUGCAGCAGGCGUGUCUUUACAAAAGCACUCAAAUGUGACCUGCCGUCAUCUUGAAAAAAUGUGAUCGUUUUGGGUUUUUUUUUUUGUUUUUUUCCUUGGUAGUUAACGACCUGUAUCAGUGUUGAAAGACUGAUUCACCAACAUGUGACUUGGGUUCAAGUGACAUCUUUUGGUAUUUGAUUAUUUGCCCAGGAAUGUAUUUAUGUUGGUUAUCAAUUGAUGGUUACGCCUUACAUUCUACUCUUAACAGCUUUUGGCACAUAAUUACUUUUGUUUGCUUGUGUGUGAGUGUGACUGUAUUUGCUAAUUAAAGAUUUUACAUUUUAU